GCCUCCCAGCCCAGUGUCUGGUGCCUCCCACACACACACUGUGUAUCUGGGUGCUGGGGCCUCCAGCAGUCUCUGGGACCCUCACCCGAGUCUGUGGGGCCCCCCACUUGUAGGCAGGUGCUGAAGCCCUCAGCCCAGUGUUUGGGGAUCCCCUUUUUAUAGCCGGAUUACCCAGUGGGCCUGCCACAGCCCCCUCAAAGCCCGCUCCUGGCUAGUGGCCAUGGCAGGUGUGGGGCUGUGUCUGGGAGACCACAGGGUCAGGCCGGAGUGCCCCUGGCCAUGACGGGGCCUGGGCGAUGGGGGAUCUGCAAGGACCUGCCAGGUAAACUGAGGCAGGGCCUUAGGCUAGGCUGCAGCAGCCGCUGUGACUUUCCGUUACCCUGGCUGACCGGCAUCCUGCAUCCGACCGCAGCCCCGCCCGCCCCCCACUUCCGGCCGGCGGUGGGGGCAGAGCUCGGGAAGACUGGGGUCACAGCUAUGGGGCCCAGAGUGGGGGGCCGUGCUCAUCUACUGCUGAGCGGCGCUGCUGCCGUGCUGCUGGCCCUGGGACCCCCAGGCUGCUGGGGGGCCCGGAUCGUGGGGGGCCGUGAGGUGAACCCUCACUCACGCCCCUACAUGGCAUCUGUGCGCUUCCAGGGUGAGCACCACUGUGGGGGUUUCCUGCUGCGCCCCGGCUGGGUGGUCUCUGCCGCCCACUGCUUUGUGGACAGAGACCUUCGGGCCGGCCUGGUGGUGCUGGGGGCUCACUCCCUGCGCACCCCAGAGCCCACACAGCAGGUGUUUGCCAUCCGUGCGCUGGUCAGGCAUCCUGACUACGAGCCCGUGUCCCACGCGGGGGACCUGUGUCUGCUGCAGCUGAAUGGCUCUGCUGCGCUGGGCCCGGCGGUGGGACUGCUGGGGCUGCCGCGGAGGGGCGGCGGGCCUCCCCCCGGCACCCAGUGCCGCGUGGCCGGCUGGGGCUCGGUCUCUGACUUCGAGGAACCGCCUCCGGGACUGAUGGAGGCCAACGUGCAGGUGCUGCGUCCGGACGCCUGCAACAGCUCCUGGGGGGGCCGGCUGCGUGCCGCCAUGCUGUGCACCCGCAGCGGGGACCGGAGGCGGCGAGGCUUCUGCUCGGCGGACUCCGGGGGGCCCCUGGUGUGCCAGAACCGCGCCCAGGGCGUCGUCUCCUUCUCGGGCAUCUGGUGCGGGGACCCCAAGACGCCCGACGUGUACACACGGCUCUCGGCCUUCUCCUCGUGGAUUCGGGGUGUGCUGCGCCGAGGGCCCCCGCCCGGGACUCACGGCCGGCCGGAGGGAGCCCGGGGCUGAGGAGUCGCCGCCCUCGGGCUCUAAGGCUGGGGGCAUCUGUUCCAAACCAGCCGGCCCCAGGUCACCGGAAUAAAUCGCCUUCGCUUUGUCUUUGCCGGCACAGCACCUUG